AUCGUUUUCGUUACUUUAAGAAUGGACGUCAUCAGACACAUUGUGGCUGAACUCAAUCCAAAUCUAAAAGUGUAUUGAUUUGGCCGCUUCUGCAAAACUUCACAAACUGUCGAAGUGACGCACCAAUCGUUUUACAACAGCUUGACCUUCAAGUGCUCAGCAACCUCCAAAGUGGACGAUACCCUUGGAGUGUUGCCGUUUUUUGUAACAGGAUGAAUAAGGUUAUGUACAAUCCAGGACGUAUUCAACUGUUCAAUCUACUGAACGGAAUAUUAUGCGUUUAUAAAUCACCUGGGUUGAAUGUUGAAAAAUUAACCAGAAAUGUGAAAUGCUCAUUGGCAGAUGCUUUUAAUUCACUUCCAGCUGAAAAACAGUCGAUCAGAACGAUCAUUCAGACAUCCGGUGAUGUCAACUGUAUUCUACCAAAAAUAAUUACAGAACCUGAUAUUGUUGAUAGUGAUCUUGUAUUGGGUAAACGUUUUCUUCCAGGAGAUAUUAUGUUAUAUCCUAUUGAUCCCCUUAGUGAUUUUAUGUCUGGUGUGCAAGUCUAUGGUAUUGGAGAAGAUGGUAUUUACAAUUAUGCUGAUCAGUUCGAACAAUCUUCUUGGCUUAAAACCUAUCACUUAACAUGCAUGAUGGGACGUGCAUCAACUGAUGGAACAGCCAGUAGUACAACAUUACUAAGAGCUUCAUGGAGACAUGUUCAAAAAUGCAAAAUAGAUCAGGUUCUUGUUGGACUACAAGCUCAAUUCAAUGCUUCUGGAUUAUUACAAGCAGGACUUCGUCCUAAUUCACAAAACGCAUAUCUAGCACUGUGUGGUCGUAGAGCUGGCAGUGAUCUUCGUCCGGUAAAACCCACACACGGCGUGGAAGAUUAUGAAGGAGAGGAACAGUUACUUUCACCAUGGGAACGUCCAAUGCCGGAUGAAAAUCGAAAUCCCGAAACAAUACCUAAUCGUAAGUAUGAGUGGGAAGAAGAAAGAAGGCAAAUGGCACCUUAUGUAAAUGCGAUGUGUUGUGUGGAUUUUGAUCCUCCGUUUUUUACAAUUGAAAUUCAAGUUACACAUGAAACAUUGAAGUUUUUCACUGAUUUAGUUGCUAAUCUUGGUCCAAAAUUACGUACAGCUACUUUAUUAUCAAAAGUUAGACGAGUUAGACAUGGACCAAUCACAGCGGAAAAUUCAUUACUUAUGAAACAUUUACAUAAUAUACCUAUUGAAUUUCAUCAUGAAUUUAUUCAAUGUAUCAAUGAUAUAUUAAUACAAUAUAAAAAACAUGAUAAAAAUUUAUCUAUACCAUUAGAAAUGGAUUUUAUAGAAGAUUUGAAUUUAUUAGAACAUUUAAUGAAUCGUACACAAGGUAAAUAUGGUUAUCAUGUAUUUGAGAAUUUGUUUCAAUGUAAUCAAUUAUAUUCAAUAGGAUUUGAAUGUACUAAACAAUAUAAAUAUCAUAUGGUUCCAAUAAAUUCUUAAUUAUUAUUGAUGAUGAUUAUUUGUAUAUUCAUACAAUGUGUACAUAAUGUUUCAAUAUAUUAAUUGUAUAUAA